AUGGCCGAACGAAUUCGCCUCGGAAUCCUCACGCCGUCGUCCAACACCAGCUUGGAGCCGCUGACACAAGCAAUCAUUUCGCAAUUGCCCAACGUGUCCGUCCACUUCUCGCGCUUUACGGUAGUCAAGAUCAGCCUAGACGACGAUGGACUGGGCCAGUUUCAGACCGAGAAAAUCGUCGAGGCGGCGACGCUCCUGGCUGAUGCCAACGUCAACAUGAUCGGAUGGAGCGGGACCUCGUCCGGCUGGCUAGGCUUCCAGGCAGACGAAAUGCUGUGUGAAGCCAUCACGGCGGCCACAGGCAUUCCAGCGACCACCUCAGUGCUGGCCUUGAACCGCGCAGCCCGCGGUCUCGGCAUCAAGGAGCUCGGGUUGGUGACACCGUACACAGACGAUGUGCAGAGCGCGAUCAUCAAGACGUACGCGGCCAUUGGCGUUGACUGCAGCAAGGAGAAACAUCUAGGGCUGUCCAAAAACUCGGCUUUCGCCGAAGUCACCGAGUCGCUGCUGGACGAGAUGGUGGCCAGCGUAGCCGCUAGGGAUGUCAAGGCAAUCUCGACGUUCUGCACCAACUUGUAUGCGGCGCAGCGGGCAUCCUACUGGGAGGACAAGUACGACAUCGUGGUGCUGGACACCGUGGUCACGGUGAUCUGGGACAUGCUGCGCCAUUGCGGCGUUGACAGCACCACGAUCAAGGGCUGGGGCCGUCUAUUGUCUUCCGCAUCAAAGUUGGCCGCCGUCCGCCGGCCAAGUCGCCCGCGCCUUAUCAGCCCCUGCCUGUCUUUCCACCUGCUUCUGAUUUUCCUUUGUGAUCAAAUCCGAAAAUUCGCAAAGAUGACCGCCGACGAAAAGCCCUACUACGACUGUAUCGUGCUGAACGGCACUGUUGUGACGGCAGCAGACAUUGCCUGCUACGACCUGGCUAUUAAAGAUGGGAAAAUAAUGCUCCUCGCACCAAAGGGCCAUCUGGAAAACACGCCUGCAACGCGCGUGAUUGAUGCAGAGGGUGCAUACGUGAUGCCCGGAGGCAUUGACGCUCAUGUUCAUCUUGCGGAGCCCCCGCUGUUUGGCAAAGGGAGGACUGCAGAUGAUUACACAACAGGGACCAGGUCUGCAGUCGCAGGAGGAACGACAACAAUUGUUAGUUUCGCACCGCAGGACAAGUCCCAAGCCUCUCUGCUUGAUGCCCUGGACGAAACAAGUGGCAAAGCAGCCGACCAGGCCUACUGCGACUAUUCCUUCCACCUGCUCAUUUCGAACCCGACAGCCCAGGCCCUGGAUGAAUUUACUCUACUCCGCGAGCGAGGCGUUUCAUCCGUCAAGAUCUACAUGACAUACGAGGCCCUCCAACUCCGCGACAAUCAGAUUCUAGACGUGCUUCUGAAAGCGCGCGCAACAGGAAUUACCACCAUGAUCCAUGCAGAAAACGGCGAUGUCCUGGACUGGAUGACCAAGCAGUUGGAGGAUCGCCACCUGCUGGCUCCCAAGUACCACGCCACUUCCAGGCCCCAGAUCCUAGAGUCCGAGGCAACUAAUCGAGCCAUUGCGCUGGGCGAGCUAAUCGAUGCACCUAUCUUAAUCGUUCAUGUAUCGUCUCCAGCGGCAGCCGAGGUCAUCCGCCGAGCGCAAACAAAGGGUCUACCGGUCUACGCCGAGACAUGUCCCCAGUACCUAUUCCUCACCCGGGAAGACCUCGACAAGCCCGGGUUUGAAGGAGCAAAAUGUGUAUGCUCGCCUCCCCCGCGCGAGGGCUCCGUUGACCAUGAAGGCAUCUGGACCGGCCUCCAAAACGGCACCUUUACCAUUCUUUCUUCUGACCAUUGCCCGUUCAUCUAUGACAAUGCCGAGAUGGGCAAGAAAGCCGCAAUCACACCUGAACACCCCAAUGGCCACUUUAAAUAUAUCCCCAAUGGCUGUCCUGGUGUCGAGACUCGGCUGGCGCUUACCAUGAGCGCCAACCGUCUAACUCCUCAAAAGUUCGUUGAGCUCACCAGCUCCAAUCCAGCAAAGCUCUACGGCCUUUAUCCACAAAAGGGAGCCCUUAUCCCAGGAAUUUCCGAUGCCGAUUUGGUCAUUUGGUACCCACCUACUGCUAUAGAUCCGUUUCCAAUCAGCAAUUCCAACCUCCACCACAACGUCGACUACACGCCGUUCGAGGGCAAGACGGUCUCACAAUGGCCACGGUAUACAUUAAUUAGAGGUCAAGUUGUAUGGGACCGAGAUCAUGGCGGUAUUGUGGGACAAAAGGGUUAUGGUCAAUUUAUCAAAAGAGACCGUAGCUGUUUUACCGCUCCCAAUCCGGUUCCAUGGUCAGUGGAAAACUUUUAA